CGGAACUUUGCCUUCUUAGCAGGUCGGCUUACCUAUAACAUCAUCAGAAUCCACUGCGCUAACAAGUUUCUCCGGUCUUAGCUAACUCGUCCGCUGAUACCGUUCGUCUGUCGUUUUCGCGACCGUAUUCGGCAGCGGUCAUCAUUUGUCUUGCUGCAGCACGCACUUAAGUACCUGAAGCAAGUAGAUCGAAAGUUGUUGAAACGAAGGCAAGGUACGGUCGUUUGUCCCCCGUUAAGUACUUUAUCUACGUUGUGAAUCAGUGAUAAAUCGCGGGGAGUUGUGAAUAGUCGGGGAAGCAGUCUGGCAGUUCGAACAAUUCCUAAAACAAAUUGCUGAUUUGGUAGUCUCUAGCUGCUACCAACUGUGAAUCUGUCGGUGGUGUGAGUGUGUAUGUGCGCGCGGAUGUAAGGUAUGCUUUUGGUUGGUUUGGGUUCCGUUUCGUGGGACAAGUGGUGCAACUGGUGCAAAUAUAUUAACAAUCAGCGAUCGAUUUAUUUGCCCCGCACAUCAGUGCACUGACCAUCGUAUGCGUUGUUAGAAGUGCAGUGUUUUCGCAAAGCAUAGCAGCAUUACGCCUAGCCGAUCCGGGUACCGCAGUGUGCAUGAGGAGGAAAUAGAUCGUGAUUUGGGGAAUGACGUACUAAUGGUGAAAAACGUCUCAAGACGAUUAGAAGAAAACAUUGUGCAUCAUAGCAAGCGGCAUUAAACGUUGACGAGUCGCUGUAUCAGCACUACUCGUCACAUCUAUUAAAAAAGAAGCAAAAAAAAAACUAAGCACUCGAGGUAAUAGCAGCAGCAAGCGGAGCACCAAGAUGACACUGAAUGAUGAGAAUGGGGCCAGCAGCAAUAAUGUUGCAGCAAGUGGGACGGGCCAGUCGGCGGGAACCGGAUCAGAUCGCACAACGACGGCGACGACGGGAGUCAGCGGCAGCCUUGCGGCGAAUGCUGGUUCAAAUGGGGGCAGCAGCAUGAAUACGCCUAACAACAAUAUUGCCAGUAGCCACGGCAGCAGUACGGUGGCAACACCCUCAUCAAACAACGGUAGCAACCCAAACCAACAGCACAAUAACACGGCGAGCACAACUUUAAGCAACAACAACAACAAUAGUAUUACCAGCAGCAGCAGCGGCAGCGGCAGCACGGGUGUGAACGGGCAGGGCAGCAAACAGUUGAACAAUGGACCGCCGGAGAAGAGGCCCAGCAGCGGACGAUUCAUCAUUUCGAAGUACGAGAUCGAAACGCUUCCUCCGCUGAAGGAUGCCAGUCCGGCCGAGCGGGAGGAGCUGUUUAUUCAAAAGCUGCGCCAGUGCUGCGUCCUGUUCGACUUCUCCGAGCCGUUAAACGACCUGAAGUACAAGGAGAUAAAGCGCUGCGCACUGCAGGAGAUUGUCGAGCACCUGAACAACCAGAGCAAUGUGAUCACGGAGGCGAUCUACCCGGAGGCGCUCAACAUGGUGGCGGUGAAUCUGUUCCGCACGCUGCCCCCCUCUUCCAACCCGAACGGCGCCGAGUUCGAUCCGGAGGAGGAUGAACCGACGCUGGAGGUAUCGUGGCCGCACCUGCAGUUCGUCUACGAACUGUUUCUGCGGUUUCUCGAGUCACCGGAUUUCCAGCCGAACGUGGCCAAGCGUUACAUUGACCAUAGCUUUAUACUGAACCUGCUGGAGCUGUUCGACUCGGAGGACCCUCGAGAGCGUGACUUUCUGAAGACAGUGCUGCAUCGGGUGUACGGCAAGUUCCUCGGGUUGCGUGCCUUCAUUCGUAAGCAGAUCAACAAUAUCUUCUACAAGUUCAUCUACGAAACGGAGCACCACAACGGUAUCGCGGAGCUGCUUGAAAUCCUGGGCAGCAUCAUAAACGGAUUCGCGCUUCCAUUGAAGGAGGAGCACAAGCAGUUUCUGCUGAAGGUGCUGCUACCGCUGCACAAGGUGAAAAGCCUGUCCGUCUACCAUCCCCAGCUGGCGUACUGCGUGGUGCAGUUUCUGGAGAAAGACGCCAGCCUCACGCAACCCGUCAUCAAGUGUUUGCUAAAGUUCUGGCCGAAAACGCACAGCCCGAAGGAGGUGAUGUUUCUGAACGAGCUCGAGGAGAUCCUUGACGUGAUCGAGCCGGCCGAGUUUCAGAAGGUGAUGGAACCGCUCUUCCGCCAGAUCGCCAAGUGUGUCUCGAGCCCGCACUUCCAGGUGGCCGAGCGGGCCCUCUACUACUGGAACAACGACUACAUCAUGUCGCUCAUAUCGGAAAACUCCAAAGUCAUCCUCCCCAUCAUGUUCCCGGCCCUCUACAGCAACAGCAAGUCGCACUGGAACAAAACGAUCCACGGACUGAUCUACAAUGCGAUCAAGCUGUUCAUGGAGAUGAACCAGCGGCUGUUCGACGAGUGUCACCGGAAGUACCAGGCCGAGCAGGAAACGGAGCACGAGAAGCUGGCCCAGCGGGAAGAACUCUGGCUGCAGAUGGAGGAUCUGGCCGCACGGAACAGCAAGCUAACGCUGAACAGCUCGGGUGACUCGGAUACGACGGAGCGUAGCACCAAUCGCUUCCCGAAGAGCAACUUCCACCCAAUGCAGCACCGGCAAUUGAACGGAACGGUUGACGGCUCUUCCUCUUCCACGGUCUACGAUCGACGAUCGAUACAGCACAGCACCUAAGGCGGGAGGGUGGUAUUUGUUGUUGUUACUGAUGGGCCUACCGGGUAGUGCUGUCCCAUAUUUCCACACCAUUUCGUCCCCUCUCGUUCUCUUCUCCUAAACCGUGAGCGGAUUUUUCCCACUUUAUUUUUUAUCAUUUUGCUACAUUUGCCUAUCAAUAUUGUAUGUUAAACAAAAUCAAGAAUUACAGUAUAGAUGCGUUUGCGCAACCGGGGGAUUGGAUCGGUCCCAAACGAGUCUCAAAGCAGUCGAGACCAACCAAUGGACGAUACAAAGAGUUUCGAAUUGUUUUUUUAAAUUUAUAUACCAAAAGUAUCAGCUAAAUUGCCGCCACCGUUCGAAGAGAUGCGCGCGCGUGUGUGUGUGUAUGGCAAUUGGAAAAAGGAUGUUCUUUUCGAGGUUGGGACGUAAAAUAAACGCUGUAAAAGCGAACAGUA